UGCUGUAUGGUAGGCUUCGAUGACUUCGAUCAACACGUGCUCGUCACCGAGAAAUGUCGGAAAUUUUAUAAAUAAACAAUGGGGUCAUAUAUACUUAAAUUCACGAUCAAAGUGAUUGAAUAAAAUUUUCCUGAGCAUUAUACAUCGUGGGACCGGGAUAAAAGUGAUUAGUUUCUUAAACAAUAUAAAUUGAUGAGGUGUGACGAUCAGUAUUUUCAAAAAAUCUAAAAUUUUCAAUAUCGCACAAUGAGAUCGGACGAAUUUAAUCUCAGCGUAUUGGAGAACGCGAUGGAAUUUGCAAGUCCUUUAAAAACUGGCAGUGAUUACGAGGCCAUAUUAGACCUGAUUCAACACGAAUUCGAAAUGACAGCAGAAAACGAGACAAAUGCUCAUAAAGUAACAAACUCUCUUCAUGUGAAAAAUGAUAAAUACAACGAUGAAAAUUUGUUAAAAUCCCCUGACAAUAUAAAAUCUUUGAAAAUGAAAAAUCGAAUAAGUUUGUUGAAACACUGUCGAAGCCAUGAAAAGAAUAAAAGCCAAACGAGAGAUCAAUUUCUUUCUCGAAAUGGUCGAUCUUUGGGUUCUGCUAAGCCACGAAGGAGUUUUCAUCCGAGUUCAAAAAAAAAUUGUGAUUCUACUUCAUGGUUUUUUGAAACACUCGAAUCUUCAAAGAACGUCAUCGCUCCUUUGACUGGUGAUGAAGUUUUGGGCCAUAGGGUGCUUCAGGAGAAUCUCACCAUUAAUCAUUUUCAAGGCAAUCAAAACAUUCUUGAAACGCCUUUUGCAGAUACUAAUGUUAUAGAUCAGAGGUCGAGUUCAAUUAAGACAAAAACAAAUGAAAAAUCUUUUGAAACAGCACCUGAAAUUUUAGAAUCAAUAGAUUCGAAUCAGGUUGAACUUGAUGCUUCCAAAUCUCACAAUCCCUACUCACCUCAGAAAUCUCAGGAUGAGGAUUUUGUAGAGAGUUCACAGAACUCUACAAAUUCACGAUUGAGGCAAAAAUUGGAUGAGCUGCGAAGUUUGUCCGCUAAAAAAUCAAUAGUGAUUGGAACUGAGUUGAAUGAAAAUCAGGAGAGUGACUUUGCAACGAUCAAGAAUAACGACCAAAGUCAUUCCCCAAGUGUCUUACCAGAGAUAACAUCUGAGAUAAGCAGCGAGAAAAAGAGUGCAGCUUCAUCACAACCGGCAAAAAGAAAAAUUUCGCCAUUGGAAUGGUAUGGAAUUGUCUCAGAAAAGCAACAGAAGUUGGACUCGUCAGAAGAGCAAGGAACAGACCUAUUGAAAGAGCAGGAAAACAAUUCAUCAAGUGAGCAAGAAAACAACUUGAUGGAAAGACUGGAAAACGAGCUUUCAAAGCUCGUUUUUCCGGAACAAACCAUUUUACCAAAAGAUCAGAACGCUGUUUCACCCAGAAAGCAGAAAAUAAAUGCGUCGAGACAGCAGAAAAUUGAUUCACAUUCAAAAUCACUUAUAAAACCAUUGCAUACAAAGCAAAGUGAAUUGGUCUCUUCCAGUCCUCUGAAGGGUUUGUCCCAGGAGUUGAAUUGUUGCAUCACUCACUGCGAUUAUGAACAAAUGUCUGAAAAUUUGAAAGCAGAAAUGUGCGACGUGACGAAUUUCACCUUCGAAACAAUUGAAUUAUUGAACAAUUACGAAGAAUCGAACGAAUUGACGAAUAACAAAAUUUUAUCGAGAAUUUUUUCAUCUUCGUCUUUGGAAAUCAAAGACGAACCUGUGGACCAUCCAGAUCCGAGUGGUUUUCACGAACAGACUAUGGAGGAUCCGCUGCAUUUUGAAGUAAAGAAAACAUUAAACGUUGGCAAAAACUCGAUGCGGAAAAGUCCACGAGUUUCCAACAAAUUCUUGAUGAAGCAAGUUGCAAAGAUCGGAAACAUUGCCCCAUCGAGCUCAGAGACGAAAAAAAAUGUGAAUAAUUCGAACAAAAAAGCAACUAAAAAAUUCAGCGGAAUUGAGAAAUAUCUAAUUCGUUCUCGACAAUCUCCCCGCAAAUCUUUAUCGGACCAGAAUGAACCGAGCUCUUCAAAACAAAUGCCAAAAAGUAAGAAAAAGUCCAACGGCAUUAAAAACGAGGAAAAAGAUAAUAAAAGCCGUCGAAGCAAUGGGAAAUCAAAAAUGCAAUCGCCAUCAUUGUCGAAAUUGCUAAAACUGGAAAGCAACGUAGAUUUCACUGUCGAAGCUUCCAAAAUCUCGAAGAAAAUCAAAGAAGCUGAAAAAACUGCGAAUCUCCCGGAAGAAACUUCCGAAAUAUUGAAAAAUCUCGUAAUCAAACUGAGGCACGAUGUUUUACCUCAGCACAAUAUAGGGAAAAAAGCAACAUCGAAACAUCUCACGUUGGAAGAAAGGAAACAGUUCCUGCAAUUCGCUCCUCUCAACAAAGAUAAUUACACUUCCCUAGAAGACCAAAAAAUCAAGGCAAACUGGAAAGCUUUCUGUGAGAAUCACGAUUGGGAUCCUGCAAAUUACGAACCAUUUCUGAGCUUUAAGCAUGCCGAUGAACUUGUAAUGUGUUUGGAAGAAAGACGAAAAUUUGCGCAAUAUUUAGCUGAUGGUUUACCGAAUCGACCAUUGUACAGCGUUUACAACAGAUUUAGGCGGCUUUUUCUAAAACCUUGUCACGACGGAUUCAGAUACACGUCGGAUGAAGAUACCAAAAUUCUGGCUUACAUGUUGCAUAGUUCAUCCGAAAAUUCAGACAAAAAAUGUUUCAACCUCUCUAAAGUACUGGGGAGAAAAAGACAGUCCAUUUACUCGCGGUAUAAAAAAUUGGAGGAGAAAUGUUUUUCACCGAAAAAUAAAGAUGUGUUGACCAAAGUCGAGUGGGAUUUAUGUCUGGUUGAAGAAUAUGUGAGGACCCUUCUCGAUGUUACCCUGAGCGAAGAUUUGAUGGAACUCAAAGACGCCUUUAUACCAAAAGUCGUGUGGAUAAAAAUGGAACAGAAAAUAAAAAUCCAGUGGCAAUUACUUUCGCGUUUCUGGGAACAACAAUUGCAUCUACAAUUGUUUUCUGCGCAGCCUAUUUAUUUGAAUGAAAUUAAAAUAAAACUGAUAGAGCAUAUCUAUUCGUCGAAAAUUGCACAUUCCAUGGACAUAAAGUGGCAACAUGUACUAACAUAUUUUGAUGGAUUGACGACGUAUUUUUUACGGAGAACUUUUAAUCAUUUAACAGCCCAAACCUCCAAGACAUUACAAACUCGUAAUUUUAAAAGAAUUAUGGUUUGGCUGCAAACGGUAAAAGUCAAGCAGUUGGCAAGCUUACAGAGAGACAAAUGUCUACCACGAAUUAAGUACAAUAACAAAAAGGCUGAGUUCUUGGUGGAAGACAUGGAGACGAUUAAAUCGUAUUCGGGAAAUGUGAACGACGAUGACAUUGUUCUGUAAAUAAGGACAUCUGACUUUUAUGUUAUUCAGAGAAUAUCGAGUGUAAUCAAAAUCCUUGAUAUUAAAACACCACUUCGAAUA